CUGUCCAACAUCCUGAAAGCCAUCUCUUUCAGGGACCAUGCUAUCUUCAAUGCAACACAGAAUGGGUUAAAAGUCACUGUUGAGGACUCCAAAUGCCUUCAAGCCAAUGCAUUCAUUCAGGCUGACAUCUUUCAAGAGUACAUAAUCAAAGAGGACGCGGUUGGCUUUCAGGUUAAUUUAACUGUUCUUCUGGACUGCCUCACCAUCUUUGGGGGAAGCACAGUCCCAGGUGUGUGCACCGCCUUGAGAAUGUGCUACAAUGGCUACGGAUAUCCGCUGACUUUGUUCCUGGAGGAAGGUGGUGUGGUCACCGUAUGCAAGAUUAAUACACAGGAGUCGGAGGAGCCCAUAGACUUUGACUUUUGCAGCACAAAUGUAACCAACAAGGUGAUUCUGCAGUCAGACAGUCUUAAAGAGGCUUUCUCUGAGCUUGACAUGACCAGUGAAGUUCUGCAGAUUACUAUGUCACCAAGCCAUCCUUACUUCAG